AUGAGUCCGUCGGGACUGGAAGUCAAAGGCUCGGAUCAAAGCCAACACUUGUCGUGGCUUGACGUCGUUGGAGCAACAGCGGAGAGCACCACACUAAACAUCAACACGUGCAAGAAAGACAACAAAGGCCAUCGCCACCUUGACACGUUUGUGUUCAAUGGACAAGGUAGUGACGACGUCAACGAAUUCGCACAGGCCAUCCGAUAUAUGGCGAGAUUUCCCGGCCAGCACAACCCAACAUUGCCAUCCAUUGAGCAAAUGGCAGAGCAGGCACCGCCAUUGCAGAAAUGUUUGGUGCUCAUCAAUCCUGUUGGCGGUACAGGUCACGCCGAGAGCACGUACGACAGGAAGGUCCACAAUGUGUUGGAAGCAGCUAACAUCGUCGUCACCAAAGUAUUAACAACGCAUCAAGCGCACGCCAUGGAAAUUGCGGAAACACUCGACUUGACAGAGUACAACUUUUUGGUAUGCGUCGGCGGCGAUGGUCUCGAGUUUGAAGUGGUCCAAGGACUCAUGCAACGAAGUGACUGGCACGAUGCGAUUCGAUUCCCGAUGGGGAUCAUACCUGGUGGAAGCGGCAAUGGAUUGGCAAAGACACUCCUCCACAACGCCAGCGAAGUGUACAGUCCUGAAAACAGAGCCUUCAUCAUAGCCAAGGCCUCGCCGCAGUCACUCGAUAUUGCUACAACGAGAAACGCGACGUCGACAAGAUACAGCUUUCUAAGUCUAUCGUGGGCCUUCAUCGCAGAUGUAGACUUCGAAUCCGAGUGGUGUCGCUUCAUGGGGUCGACGCGAUUCACGGUGGCGGCAGUCAUGAAAAUCCUGACCUUCAAACGUUGGAAGGGCCGACUAUCUUACUUGCUCCCAGACAAGGAUGCCGAACCUCAGCACUAUUGGAACAAUCCUGGCAACAACGAACCCUCCAAUGCCCCCGUUAUACAUCUCUUGCCCAAAACGAUAGGCGGGGCUCUCCCGAACAAAUGGGCAACCAUGGAAGGCAACUUCAGCCUCUUUUGGUCGACCAGUGUAAGCCACCCGACGUGGGAUGCUCACCUCGUGCCUGGUGCGUCGUCCAGCGAUGGAUACUUGUACUUGGUGGUCGUCGAAGGCGAUGCUUCAGUGAUGACGAUGACGAAGGUGCUGCUGGGCCUUGAAACCGGAUCGCACACAGCAUUGGAAUCGGUCCAAGUCAUCAAGACAAGGCAAGCCACGCACACUCACCAAGCGUGGUUCGUUUACUUGCGACUAUUGUAG